CUCCGAUUCGCACGACCAUCUCCGCAGCACCAUGGCGCCCCCCUCGGCGCACCUGCUCCUGUCGCCCGCCGAGCUGUCCUACAUCCACUCGUCGCUGCAGCUGGACCCGCCCAUCCGCCCCGACGGCCGCAGCCCCACGCAGUUCCGCCCGCUCAUCGCCGAAACCGACAUUCUUCCCGGCGCGAACGGCAGCGCGCGCAUCUGCUUCGCCGACGGCACCGAAGCCAUUGUCGGCGCGAAGGCUGAGGUCGAGAAGAGCGCAUUGCGUGCUGGACUGGAAGAGCAGGAUGCCAAUGUCGCGGACGUGGACAUGGCCGAUGACGAGCCCGCGGGCGACGACGACGACGCCGCUGCUGCGCGCCGGUCCGAGGGCAAGGGCGAAAACGCCUGGGUGGAGAUGAGCGUUGAGAUCCCGGGCUACCGCGACGACGACGCGCUGCCCGUGUUCCUGGCAGCCAUGUUGACCGAGGCGUUGCUCGGGGACGGGCAGCUGCGCGACCGGCUGUACAUCAACCGGCGGUUCCACUGGAAGCUGUACAUUGACAUCCUCCUUCUCUCGGCGCCGCUCUCGUACCCCCUGCCCCUCCUCUCGCUGACGACGCAUCUCGCCCUCCUAACGACGCGGCUCCCACGCCUCAAGUCCGAGAAAGACGAAGACCCGCUCUUCGACGACGACUGGGCGGCCGCGACGCCGCUGUACAGCAAGAGCGCGCGGCCACCGAUCACGCUGCUCGUGAUCGCCGUGGGGGGUAACAUCAUCUUCGACCCGAGCAAAGAGGAGCUCGCAGUCGCAGAAGCGGUGCUGGCAAUCUCGGUCGGCGAAGCCGCCGCAUCCACCACCACCAAUACCAGCUCUACGACAUCGAACAACAACCUCCGCAUCCUCGCCACCCGCACCAUUGACCCCCCGUCGCGCCUCACGCCCCCUGGCGUCCCCAACGCCCUGAACUCCGCGACGGGAGGCGUAGCGCCGGGGACGAGUGCGGACGCGGUCGCGCUGCGCGAGGGCAUGCAGGCGCCGGGUGUGUGGACGCCGCCGCGGGGCGGCAUGAAGCGCGCGCUUGUGGGGCGGGUGCUGAAGCUGGUGGUGCAGCCGGGCGGGGUAGCGGAGGAGGUUAUGCAAGCGCUGCAGGGCGUGGGCGCUUGAGUUGGGGUGCGCGGCUGCCUGGGUACCUAUGUAUGUACCUAUCGAAGCCUGCCGAAUGAGCGGCUACCUAUGGGCCGGACUGCCUUGCCUUCUUACACACCUACUUGUCGUCGCUGCGGCGAGGGGCUGCGCCGACGCGUGCAGCGCGUGCCGCGAACGGACCACCAAGCGCUGGGCGUCCGACCGAGAGAGAGAGAGAGAGAGAGAGAGAAGCUAGCUAGUUAGCUAGGAAGCUAGAAACUAAAGCAGAGGAAUAC